GCGGCAGCCUCACUCAGACGCUUGAGAUCACUCGCGGCGAACGGCGCGCGCGCAAUUCGGCAACGCACCCGAACGCGUCCCGAAAUCGGCCGAUAUACUAGUCGUGUUACGUUGUUUAUGAAAUAAAUGUUAUUCUAAGUGAUUAUCCUUGCCACAUUGUGCCAUCAUGGGAACCUUUGGAAUGUUUAGACUAAGUCUAGCGCUUUUGGCAGUGGUGUCGGCAGCACAAACCCACGCGCAGAAAAGCAAGGACGACAGCAUCCAAACGGUGCCCAGCGACCUCCGGCGGGCGGUCAGCGAAGCGCUAGCCUUAGAGAGGAGGUUCCUCGCUGGGGCUAAUGAUGCACAAAACUGCACAUCAGAUGCCGACGAGGGCAGCAGUGUGCCAUGUCCACCGAGCAAGUAUCGCAGCCCUAGUGGGGAGUGCAACAACGUGCGCCACCGGCCCUGGGGCAGGCGAGGCGACGUGUUCCUGCGACUUAUGCCGCCCAACUACGCCGACGGUGUUGCGGAGCCAAUGUCACCACCGCACUUACCAAACCCCUUCAUGGCGGUUCGGGCGGCGUCCCAGCUGUCCGGAAGUGCAGACCACGACUACGUCACCAGCCUGAUUGCGGCCUGGGGACAGAUGCUGAUGCACGACCUUGUCGCCACUGCCAAUGGGAAUAAGGAGUGCCAAGGUUCAGGCUGUGAGUACACCAGGUCAGCACCCGCCAGAAACUAUGACUCAUGUGGCUUUGAACACCGUGAUCAGAUGAACUUGGCUACGUCAUUCCUGGACGGAUCGGCACUUUACGGCAGCUCCGAGAAAGAAUUGAGAUCGCUUCGACUCUACGACGCUGGGAAACUGGACCUGGACUCGUGUAGGAAGUGCAACGAUGGCAAACCAACCGCACCUCUCUACAAGGCGUUGGUGUCUGAGCACAAUCGUAUCGCAGGAGAGCUGUACUCCCUGAAUCCCUUCUGGGAUGACACCACUUUAUUCCUGGAGGCACGACGAGCGGUGGCUGCUGUCAUCCAGCACAUCACUUACAACGAGUUCCUGCCCGUGCUUCUGGGUGAGGUUGGAAUGGCCAAAGCGGAGCUGAAGUUGCAAAGCCUCGGAUUCUGGCGAGGAUACUCGAGUGCAAACAGAGCGGGUGCUUACACUGAACUGGUAGCCGUCGCUCCCAUAUUCAAGGCUAUGAUGAACGAGAAAUUGAUAAACACGACUGUCACCCUGAGUCAACUAGUCCGAACGAGCGCACAACACGUGUCUCAUUUCCCCCCUUCUGCCGAAUGGGACGUCAACAGAGCACGAGACCACGGCGUGUCCCCUUACUUGAGAGCUCUCAGGAUGUGCGAGCCGACAUCAUCUAUCAAGACCUUCGGGGACUUCGAGAAAAUGGGCUUUGACAGGACGCAGAUGGAGGUCAUGGCUGAUAUGUACAGGAACGCAGAAGACGUCGAGCUGCUGUUCGGUGGUGCUAUGGAGAAACCCGCCACAGGUGCGGUAGUCGGCCACACCUUAGCCUGCGUCUUGGCUUUGCAGUUCGCCAAUUUGAAGAAAAGCGACCGAUUUUGGUACGAAAACGACAUCCCCCCAUCGUCAUUCUUGCCUGAACAGCUGGCAGCGAUCAGGAAGGUUUCCCUUGCGGGACUUCUGUGUACUUCCGACGACUCGCUAUCCAAAAUCCAGCCUAAAGCCUUCGUCAAGGAAGACCCUUACUUAAACGCAGCCCAACACUGCUCCCAGCACAGCCGUCUUGAACUUUCCGCUUGGCGCGACGAAAGCGGCGCGAAGGCAGCUGAGAGGCUGUCCCAAGACAUGCUCUCCGCCGCAUUAGAGAAGGCCAAGCAGGAGAUGGCUGACAGGAAGAAGCUGGAAUACAUGCUGUGGGAGACAAGUGGAGGAGCUGAUCCUAAAUCUCCAGUGGGCACUGCUGCUUCGUUCUCAAAGGCAAACAAAUAUGCGCUGAAACUGGCCAACACCUCCCUCUUCUUUGAAUUCGCUACCAAUGAGCUUCUGAACACUAUUCACGGCAGCCACCGCCGCCGCAGACGUCAGAUCUUCGAUGACUCUCUAGGCUUCGGCACCAACGACUUCGUAGACUCCCUCCAAUCGGUCGACGUCACAGGAUUCCUCGGCCAAGACCUUGGACCCACUAUCGAACCCCAAUGUGACGAGAACGGAAGCUGCGACCCUGAUACACCCUUCAGGAGUUAUACUGGAUAUUGCAACAAUCUUAGGAACCCUAACUUGGGAAAAAGUUUGACGACUUUCGCUAGACUGCUGCCUCCAGUGUAUGAAGAUGGCGUGUCCCGUCCACGCAUCAACUCCGUGACCGGCACACCUUUGCCGUCACCUCGCAUCAUCUCCACCGUGAUCCAUCCCGAUAUCUCCAAUUUACACACGCGGUAUACGUUGAUGGUGAUGCAGUUCGCCCAGUUUGUGGACCACGAGCUUACUAUGACGCCCAUUCACAAAGGUUUCCACGAGUCCAUCCCUGAUUGUCGGUCGUGCGAGUCUCCCCGCACUGUGCAUCCCGAAUGCAACCCGUUCCCGGUUCCCCGGGGAGACCACUACUAUCCCGAAGUGAAUGUGACGUCAGGGGAAAGGCUUUGCUUCCCAUUCAUGAGGAGUUUGCCUGGACAACAGCAGCUGGGACCUCGUGAACAAGUGAACCAGAACACAGCUUUCAUCGACGGCUCAGUAGUAUACGGAGAGAACCCUUGCAUCGUCCGCAAGUUACGAGGGUUCAACGGGCGCCUGAACGCGACCACCAACCCUCUGGGAGGAAAGGACCUGCUGCCGCGCUCCGACAGCCACCCGGAGUGCAAGGCGCCCAGUGGAUACUGCUUCAUUGCUGGUGACGGCCGAGCAUCCGAACAACCAGGGUUGACUGCCAUCCACACGAUCUUCGUCCGCGAACACAACCGUCUAGUCGAAGGCCUCCGAGGAGUCAACCCUCACUGGGACGCGGAACUCCUGUUCGAACAUGCCAGAAGAAUCCUCGCUGCAUCCUUCACACAUAUCAUUUACAACGAGUUCCUGCCGAGGCUACUGUCGUGGAACGCUGUCAACUUGUACGGACUGAAACUGCUGCCUUCUGGCUACUACAAAGAAUACUCGCCUACCUGCAACCCGGCCAUCGUAACUGAGUUCGCGACCGCCGCGUUCAGAAUCGGCCACUCGCUGUUGAGACCGCACCUGCCGAGGCUGUCGCACACCUACCAGCCAGUAGAGCCUCCAAUUCUUCUCCGAGAUGGUUUCUUCAAGCCCGACAUGUUCAUGAACCAUGCCUCAAUGGUUGACGAGCUCAUGCGCGGUCUCUCCUCGACCCCCAUGGAGACCCUCGACCAGUUCAUCACUGGAGAAGUCACCAACCACCUCUUCGAAGACAGGAGGAUCCCCUUCUCUGGAAUAGAUCUGAUCGCGCUGAACAUCCAGCGAGGAAGGGAUCAUGGAAUGCCGAGCUAUAACAACUAUAGGGCGCUUUGCAACUUGAAGAGGGCGGCUACUUUUGAAGAUCUGUCCAGGGAGAUACCUGAUGAAGUUAUUGCUAGGUUGAAGAGGAUAUACCCCACUGUUGACGAUAUCGAUCUGUUCCCGGGAGGUAUGAGCGAGAGGCCUCUGCAGGGAGGUCUUGUGGGACCCACCUUCGCUUGCAUCAUCGCCAUCCAGUUCAGGCAGCUUAGGAAGUGUGAUAGAUAUUGGUAUGAGAACGACAACACAGCUGCCCGUUUCACUGAGCACCAACUGGCUGAGAUCAGAAAGUCGACGCUGUCCAAGGUCCUGUGUGAGAACUUCGACGUGCCCGGCGACAUCCAAAGGGCUGCCUUCGAUCUGCCAAGCAACUUCUUAAAUCCACGUGUUCCCUGCUCGUCGUUGCCCAAGAUCGACUUGUCCGCGUGGCGGGAAAGUUCUGCGCAGGGCUGCCUCAUAGCAGGCCGGUCGGUGUCCGUCGGAGAGUCAGCCUUCCCUUCGCCUUGUACCUCCUGUAUAUGCACCGUGGAGGGGGCUCAAUGCGCAUCCCUCCGCAUCACGGACUGCGCACAGCUUCUCCGCGAGUGGCCUCGCGAGGCAGUAGCCCGGGACGACGUGUGCGCAGCGCAGUGCGGCGCCGCGGCUCCCUCGCAACCGUCCCGCGCGCCGCGCCGGCCCCCGCUAAACUUCAAGUUCCCAGACCUCUCGCCGUUUAUAGCCAAGUGAGGGAUACUUUAUUCGAGAUAGUAAUUUGUUUUAGUGUGCCUGCUCUUUACACAGCUAAAGGUGGAUUCGACCAAAAGAGUAAAUAUCAGAAUAAACUUGUCAUUUUGACAUAUUUCCCGUACUGAAACUGUCAAUACCAGUUAUACCAGGAGUUAUUCUCGGAUACAAGUUUGGUCGAAUCGGGCCUAAGUGAGCUAGGCACUUUAUUCGAGGUAGUAUUUUGUUUUUUUUUUUUUUUUAGGAACAAUGUACCUAUUUACUUUUGACAGGAAAUAUUGUAAAAAAAUAACAUUGAUUUUCGACUUCAUGAUAAAUUCACAUCCAAUAAGUAUAGAUAAACAUUAAAAAUGCUAAUGGAAUACAUUACAUCUAUUUUUCGUUCAAUUAACCUUUUUUUUUCUCCCAAACUCACCCACUGCACUGGGACGAAAACUAGCGAAGUUACCCUAAUUAGGUGGUAGGUACACAUUGUUCCCGUGUAAAGAUUAUCAAAUUACUAGCUCGAAUUAAAGAUGCGUUUGUAAAUAUAUUGCCUGUAGUCUCCCAAGAGUGACUAGUGAGCAAGGUUAGGCAUAAACCUUAAAACUUCUGGCGCACUAAGUGACCAUAAUUUAAUUUUUAACGAUACUACACUCUUACAUCUAUGAACACAUAGGAAAAGUAAAUGUUGCUCACAAAUUUUGGUCACUUCUAAAGCUAAGACAGAUGUGUAGCCAUAACAAAAUAAAUAGCUAACUAAACUAUGUAAUGUAGCCACCGUUGUAUCGUAAAUGCAUUAAUUUGUAUUUACAUGUCUGCAUAUUAUAUCUCAGAACAAAUAAUUACCUAUUUAAUUGUAAAUAUUUCGAACAAGAAUUUUGCCGUGAUAGGCAAAACAUUUUCAAGCUCAAAUAAAAUUCAUCAAUUUAUCUAACUUACUGAUAUAUCUAUUACUUUAUUUAUCUAAAUGGCGAAUUGGGAAAUACGUUAUUUAUACAAAUAAAAAUCUCUGGUUACCAAAAAUGAAGUCCACAUAAUGCCUGCAUAGAGGACGUAAAAUAAUAAUUUAAGCUAAAAUAGACAUUAAUAUUUAAGUCAUAGAUUUAAGAAACUCAUCGUUGUGUACUAGCGUAAAAGUAUUUGGUGCAAUGUUUUACUUAGUGUGUUGUUCAAAACGAACAAAUCAUUAAAUUAAAACUUACUGUUACUUAGGCUUUUUAUAAGAGAGGUUGUGUAAUAUAAGAAAUUAAAUAUACUCUGAAUUUAUUUGUGUAACAAUUUUUAUAAGCAUUUAUGGCCAUCUUUAGCUUUAAUUGAUUAGAAGACGAUAUGCAUGUAACAAUACCCAGUAUAUUUUUACCAUAAUACCAGUGUUACCAGUUUAUACCUACUCAAUGUUACCAUUACGUCGUACAAAUAACUCCAAUGUCACUCGUGAUUUCGUGAACCACUCAUGUCUUCUGUAGUUUGUUUUCACUGCCUAGUUAUUAUAUCUAGGAUUAAGAUUUUGUAAAUUAUUAUUUGUAAAAUAUUGGCAUAAUUACAUAGGUCUAGUUUUAUUUUUCUAGAUAAUAAAUACAAAUCUCACCUAGUGACAAAAUUUAAUAAAAUAUUUUCUAUUUAA